CGCAGCAUGGCUCACGGGCCCGGCGCGCUGAUGCUGAAGUGCGUGGUGGUCGGCGACGGGGCGGUGGGCAAGACGUGCCUGCUCAUGAGCUACGCCAACGACGCCUUCCCCGAGGAGUACGUCCCCACUGUCUUUGACCAUUAUGCAGUCAGCGUGACCGUGGGUGGGAAGCAGUAUCUCUUGGGACUGUACGACACUGCUGGUCAGGAAGACUAUGAUCGCCUGAGACCUUUAUCUUAUCCUAUGACUGACGUCUUCCUUAUAUGUUUUUCUGUCGUAAACCCAGCCUCCUUUCAAAAUGUGAAGGAGGAGUGGGUACCAGAAUUAAAGGAAUAUGCACCGAAUGUACCCUUCUUAUUAAUUGGAACUCAGAUUGAUCUUCGAGAUGACCCCAAAACUUUAGCAAGGCUGAAUGAUAUGAAAGAAAAACCUAUAUGUGUGGAACAAGGACAAAAACUAGCAAAAGAGAUAGGAGCAUGCUGCUAUGUGGAGUGCUCAGCUUUAACACAGAAGGGCCUGAAGACGGUUUUUGAUGAAGCUAUCAUAGCCAUUUUAACUCCAAAGAAACACACAGUGAAAAAAAGAAUAGGAUCAAGAUGCAUAAACUGUUGUUUAAUCACGUGAGACAGGUCUGCACUGUCCAGGAAUACUAUGUAUUUCUCUCCCACUAUAGGAAGCGGUACAGAUAAACCUCUUGCAGGUAAAGUUUAGAAGCUGAGGUCAAGAAAGUAAACUUCAGAAAUCUGCGAAGUUCAUUAAGAAUAGCCAACCACAGGCCAGGAAGCAGCCAACAGCAUCAUCUGAAGCCACAAUCUAUUACAAAUACUUUAUUUCAGCUAGAAGGUACAAUCUCUCAGGGGUUUCAUAGUUUAAAAAGCUACAACCACACCAUGUUGCAACUGCAUAAAAAAUGCUGUAAAUGGAA